UAUAAUUUUUUUAAUCAGUCACAAAAAAAUGGAGAGUUUCAGCUGCAAUUGUUUCGUUUUCAAUUUUAUUCAAUUUCAACACGGUUAACCGUAUGUUUUAAUGUAACUAUUGUUUUUUAAUUAGUCUAUAGUUGUACAAGAAAAAUGCAGUCAUAAAACCGGCGCUCUGUUUCGGCCAGGCAUAUUAAAUUUCUUGAAAAAAAUUAACGCAAUGAUAACAGUGUUUAUUGUCUUGGGUCACAACGUGUGAACGUCGGGAGAAUUAUAAUAAAUUUUGGCGUACAAUGAGCUAAUAUUGGCCAAUUUUCGCGGAGGAAUAUAUUCAAACAGGCGCCAUGCAGAAAAGGGACCGGGAAAAGGAACAAAACGGUAAGGAUGACAAGCGCGGCGGAAAAUCCACCGGAUCGAGGGCAAUGCAUUCAGCAGUUGCUGGACGACAUGGCUUGUCAUCAUCAGCCAACUCUAGUGUACUCAUGGUUGGCCCGAAUUUCCGUGUUGGCAAGAAGAUUGGCUGUGGAAAUUUUGGGGAGCUAAGACUUGGAAAAAACCUAUACACAAACGAACAUGUGGCAAUAAAAAUGGAGCCAAUGAAAUCCAAAGCGCCUCAAUUGCAUUUGGAAUAUCGCUUUUAUAAAUUACUUGGAUCUCACGCUCCUGCUUUCUUCUCAGAUGGCAUACCAGAAGUAUUUUUUUUUGGUCCAUGUGGCAAGUAUAAUGCUUUAGUCAUGGAACUCCUUGGUCCCAGUCUUGAGGACUUGUUUGAUAUGUGUGGGCGUGAGUUUUCGCUCAAAACUGUUCUCAUGAUUGCCACUCAAUUGUUGCACAGGAUAGAAUAUGUUCAUGGUCGACAUCUUAUAUAUAGAGAUGUUAAACCAGAAAACUUUCUCAUUGGUCGCACUUCAACGAAAAAAGAUAAAACUAUUCAUAUUAUAGAUUUUGGUUUAGCUAAAGAAUACAUAGAUUUAGAAACAAAUAAACAUAUACCAUACCGGGAACAUAAAAGUUUAACUGGUACAGCAAGAUAUAUGAGCAUAAACACACAUUUAGGAAAAGAACAAAGUCGGCGAGAUGAUUUAGAAGCUCUUGGACAUAUGUUUAUGUACUUUUUACGAGGUUCAUUACCAUGGCAAGGCUUAAAAGCUGAUACUCUUAAAGAAAGAUAUCAAAAAAUUGGUGAUACAAAACGAGCCACUCCUAUAGAAGUUUUGUGUGAUGGAUAUCCCGAGGAAAUGGCCCAGUAUUUACGUUAUGUUAGACGGUUGGAUUUCUUCGAGACACCAGACUAUGAAUAUUUGCGUACAUUAUUCAAAAAUUUAUUUGAGAAAAAAGGUUAUGUUAACGACUCAGAAUUUGAUUGGACGGGCAAAACAAUGUGCACAUUAGUUGGUUCCAUACAGUCCAGUCAAGAAGUUAUUUUAUCACCAAACAGAGAAAGACAAGUUGCAGGCAACAAGUCUGGAACAAAAGGUUGGCAAGAUGGGUCAAAGCUUCCAGGUCACACAUUAGGAAACUUAACCCCUGCUGAUCGUCAUGGAAGUGUUCAAGUGGUAAGCUCGACUAAUGGUGAAUUGGCAAAUGAUGAUCCAACUGCUGGCCAUUCCAAUACUCCUAUUACAGCACAAGCUGAAACAGAAAUUGUUGAUGACACUAAAUGUUGUUGUUUUUUUAAACGUAAAAAGAAGAAAACUCCUCGUCCUAAGUGACUAACAGUGGUUAAAUGCAGCUCUGAACGAGAAGCUGUCACGCUGUUACGCGCCACCUCGCACUCUAACUCGCGUGACAGUGCCCUAAAUGUUCCCGUUCCGACCAUUACGUGAGAUUGCAUUAUCCAAUAAAUUAAAUAUUAUUUUGUAUUUAAUUUUGAAACAUCUCUUUCCUUUUUUUUUUUGUAAUUAAAUUAAUAGGCUACAAUAUACUUAUAUCUAUAAAAGAAAAAAACAUAUAUUAAAAUAACAUAUAAUAGACUGUUAGCAUUUGGUCACCCGUGCAUUCCGUCAACGAUCAAUAAAAAAAAUGAUGCCAAGAUGCUUCAAUUGUUGACACUAGUCUUGACACUAGACAGUAAGACAGUAUAAUAUUCAUUUAUUGCUUUUUUAUUUGUUAAAAAUAAUAUAUAAAUGUAUAUGGUAAAUAAUUAUCAAGUACAUUCACGUUCUCUUGUUCAAAAUAAAAAAGGACUCAGAAGUAUAGAUUUUAUUUGAUUGGUUUGCUUAUUAAACAAAUUUUUAAUUAUUUAUGUCAAAAAAAAAAAAAAAAUACUUAAGUUACCUAAG